GCUCCACUGCUACAGCAGUGACGCAAACGUCUGGUAGAGAGAGUGUACACAAUAGAUUAGAUGUAGUGCGGCGACGCUUUGAUGGUAAUACGAGGGUAAUUUACCGUAUAAAAAUCCCAACCAAGGAGAUAAAUGGCUGGAAGUCGCGGGAAGUACUUUGGGCAGCAGCUUGAUGAUUGGCGCCAGAACAGCGAGCUAUACUCGAAAAAAGCGGACUACGACUACCACCACGCGAUGGCGCAGCACGCGGCCGUGGUGUCGGCCGCGGGCGGUGGCCAGCUGCACCCGGCCAUGGCACAGCUGCCCAUGCUGCCCACGGGGCUCAACCUGUCCAUGGGUUCGGCCGCCAACAUGGCUGCCAACAUGGCCGCCGCCGCGGGCCUCCAGAUGUCGCAGCUGACGGCGAGCGCCAACUCCACUUCGUCGUCCACCUCCUCGGGGGGUGGCGGCGGGGGUUCGGCGGCUGCGCUUCACCACCAUCACCACCACCACCACCAACACCUGCAGCACCAGCACGGCAAUGCGCCCGCAGCACACCAGCAAGCGGCUGCCCUGCACCACCAACACCAGCAUCACCACCACGUGGGCUACAUGGGUCACAUGGGUGCCGCCGCCGUCGGCGGCAAGCUCAAGCACAAGAAGCCAAAGGUGAACAAGGACGGUGUGCCGGCGCCCAAGCGUGCUACGACGGCCUACAUCACCUUCACCCAGUGGUACCGAGAGGAGAUGAAGAAGUCCGGACGCCAGAUCCCCCGGAUUGGCGAUUUUGGCAAAGAAUGUGCCGGAAAGUGGAACACAAUGUCAGACGAAGACAAGCAACCUUUCCUCAGCGCUGCCGCGAGGGACCGUGAGCGAUACAAGCGCGAGAUGGCGGUGUACAAGCCAGCACGAGAUGCAAACAAGCCUAAGCGCCCUGGUACGGCCUUCAUGCUCUUCAUGGGCGACUUCCGGAAAGAGAUGGCCGGCAAGGAGCCUGAGGGCGGUGUGGCUGCACUUGCCAAAUUGGGUGGGGAAAGGUGGCGGGGCAUGUCGGAGGAGGACAAGCGGCCUUACGUCGAGAGGCAAAACGAGGAAAAGAUGAAGUACGAACAAAACAUGGAGGAGUACAGGCGCAAGCAGCAAACAGCAGAGAGCCAGGCGGCCAAACUGCAACAACAACAACAGCAGCAGGCAGCCGCUGCAGCUGCCGCGGCACAGGCCGAUGACCAGGGGGGUGGCACGCGAGACCAGCAGCAGCACGACAACGGUGGCGAUUCCGAGUCCGGCGAAGACACGUUCCACGGCAACCAGAGCCACUCGAACCCACCGUCGGGCGGCUCGACGCCCAGUCCUGGCGGCGGCGGGGCCACCACGCAUUCCGAGCACACGGACGAGUCGCAGCAGGGCGCUGCACCGCCCACCUCGUCUGCGUCGGCCGUCGCGUCCGAGCGCAGCAACUGCGGCGGCCUGCCGUCGUUGGCGUCACCCCUGUCGCUGGCACACCCGCUGGCCUCGCUGGGCUACCAGCACUCUCUGGCCAGCUUCGGCAUCACUUCGGGCGGUUUUGGCGGCGCACCGCACGCGGCGCACGUGGCCGCCUCGACUGCGGCGGCACCCUACCUGCCUGGAAGUGCGGCCACUUACUCGCAGGCCCACCUGCCCGGACCGUACAGCUGGACCUGAGCACGGGGCGCCCAAGGGGGGAGCGACGGAGCGGGGCGCAUCGUAUGCAACUUGUAGUCUCUUCUGUCGGCCCGCCCCUGACCCCCCUCGACUCAAAAGAAGGCCCGCGGUGUGAAUCUCGCAGUAUGCCCCCGUGUGCAGCAAGCCGUGCGGGAAGUGCUUUGCUCGUGUGCCAACUGCUGGACUGGGUAGCUUUGGUCCCUGCCUGGGUGGUGAAGUGCACUUCAUGCGUGGACCAAACAGGAGAUUUGUGUUUGCCUUCUCUUUGAGCUCUCAUUGCCAUCACAUGCUUAGCGAUUUCCUCAUCUACAUUGUGCUGCGAUCAGUCCUCUUGUUGGCUGUGUUA